GCUUUGUUACGCCUGGGAAGCCAUUUUGGAAAUCUGCUUGUUGUGCACUAGCAUAACAGUCGCCAGCUACUUGUAAACUUGUGUGUUGUUUAUUCUAAAUAGAGGAAUAACGCUAGUGGUUUUUCGGAUCCGCAGUAAUAGAUUACCUUUGAGUUCCCGUGCGUCGGGAUGCUGGCAGAAGUUUGCGCAUUUUCCGCGAUAGUAAUGUGAGGAUCUUUUUUUUUUUUCCUUUUGGAUUACGCGAAUAAUAACAUACAUGGACUCAAACCACGCGGGCAAGUUGACAUGCUGCUAUGAAUAACAUCUCAUAUUCUGUUAAACGCAGCUGCAGUUUUCUGUUUCUAAACACAGAAGAAUGACCAUGGAUUUUUCCCAACUGCACACAUAUACGCCGCCACAGUGUGCUCCGGAGAACACCGGCUAUACCUACUCUCUCAGUUCCAGUUACUCCACAGCAGCAUUAGAGUUUGAGAGGGAGCACCAGAUUGCAGCUGUGUACGAGUCACCCAGGAUGUCGCGGCGGAGCCUGCGUCUGCAGACCGGUGCUGGCCACUAUGUCAACGAGAGCGUGGCUGAUUACUCCCAGAAUCACAGCAGCAGCAGCAACAGCAGCAGCUACACCAGCACCAGGAAAGAGACACGGACGCUGCGGAGCAAAAAGCAGCAGUCCAGUUCCAGUGGCCUGUCUCUAUCCCUGAGCCAAGCCGCCACACCGAGGAAAACCCUCUCUUUCUCGGCUGUCAGUACCCCGGUAAACAACAGCAGGUGCGUCACCGUUCAGGAAAGCAGCACAGCGUCUGAUGCUUCUCUGCUGACCCCCAUCGUGGACCAGUCCCACCUGAGACAACGUACCAUCACCACAACUACAACCUCCACCUCUGUGGAUGGACACUGGGAGAGAAGCUUCAGCGCUGACCACAGUUCAGGUGUCAACGGCGACGCCAGUGCAUCCAAGUCUCAUACCACGCUCGUCAAUGGUUACAUCUGCAAAGACUGUUCUUUACACUCUCAGAAGGACUCCUAUAUCACACGGUCUUCAUCAAAAUCAUUAUCAUCAUCUCAGGCUGCAGAAGCUUCUUCUGAAGCCCUCUUCUCCUCAUCUUCACCUUUCACAAGCAUAUACUCCAGAGACAGGAGUCGAAGGAACAAGUCAGGUGUCCUGGUGUCUAUGUCUAACACAUGUAUGCGCUACAGCAAACGAGCCGUGGCACCCAUAGUGUCGUUAGUCACUCUGCUCUUCAACAAUGUGCUCUGGCUCGGUUCAAGGGCCAAGAGCCCCCCAGGAAAAGGUGUCCUCGCAUCAUUUUCGGACUCGAUGAGACGAGCGGUAUCCUCCAGUUUGUCCCAGCUGUGGCUGUUUAAGCAGACCACUCUCAACAGAGUGAUGGGCUACAGAGCUAAUGGCUAUGAAGGACAAGAUACCAGCCACUACUCCAAAGCUCACUCAAGUUUCUGUGGAAGCAUGAAUGUGAAGGGCCUGGUGACUGAGGAUGCAUCGCGUCUUAAUCUCAAUGGUUCCCUGUGUGAUGACUGUAAAGGGAAGCAGCAUUCAGAGACACACACCGUCCUCCUCACACAGUCCUCCAGGCCUCGACGCCUGCUGGGGGCCCUGUGGAGUGUCCUAGCUUACACAGGCUACUGCCUCCUGCAGCCAGGUUACUGUGUGGUGAGAGCGGGCAAAGCGGUGGGAUCCGGGGCCGGGACGGUGGUGCAGAGGCUGCUGUCUCUAUUCUGGAUGCUCCUGGCAGCUCCAGUGAAGGCAGGCAGGGGACUUCUGUGGUUUCUUGCAACCGGAUGGUACCAGCUGGUGUCUCUCAUGUCUGUCCUCAACGUCUUUUUUCUGACAAGAUUCCUUCCCAAACUCUGGAGGCUCCUUCUGCUCCUUUUGCCCCUCUUGCUUCUCCUUGCUUUAUGGCUGUGGGGUCCGUCCACUGCUGCCCUGCUUGCCUACCUCCCAGCCAUAAACCUAACAGAGUGGCGUCCUGCCUCUCCCUUCACCCUCCUGUCUAACUGGAUGCCAUCAUCUGCUCCGGUUCCUGUGUCAGUCCCGGCCCCUGCACCAGAGACCCCAGUGGAGCAAACCCCGGCCACCCCAGUCUCACAGGCACCACCGAUACUUCCCCCUGCGGCAUUCUCUAAUGUGGACUUAGAGCGGCUGGAGCGAGUGGAGCGCCAACUAGCCCUACUGUGGGAAAGAGUCCAGCAGGGUGACCAGAAGCAGGAGGAGCGCCACGGCAACGUUUUAGGUCUCUACAGCACCCUGAAGGAGCAGCUCCACACUCAGACAGACAGAGAGAGUCUGGGAUUGUGGGUGUCCUCCCUGCUGGAGCAGAGACUCGGGGUGUUACGGGGAGAGCUGGAGCGGGACAACACACAAAGAACACAGAGUGCAGAGCAGCAGGAACGGCACCAAGAGAGUCAAGCAGCACGGUUGGCUGAUUUAGAAUUACUGCUCAGCACUCUGGCUGCCAAAACUGAGGAGGUGCAACAUAAGCAGCAGCAGUAUGAGCACGAGAAGCAGGAAAAAGAGAGAGAGGCCAUCACUCCCGCAGCAGACACGGUUCCUGUCAGUGUGGGUGUGGCGCAGGAGGACCAUGAUGCCUUGCUGGUGGAGGUGCAGAGACUUGAGGCGGAGCUGGGCAGAGUCAGGCAGGACCUGCAGGGCGUUCUUGGAUGCAAGGGCAAAUGUGGGCAGCUGGACACACUGCAGCAGACGAUAUCAGAUCAGGUGUCCUCCCAGGUGCGUAAGGAGUUGCAGGCUCUGUUCUUUGGUGGCGUUGGAGCAGGAGAGGAGCAGGGAGAGGUGCCUGAGUCUCUGGUCAACUGGCUGUCCCAGCGCUACGUAAGCACACCUGACCUGCAGGCCUUACUGGCCUCACUUGAGAUGAGCAUCCUGAGAAAUGUGUCCCUGCAGCUGGAGCUUAGCCGGGCCCAAACCCUGGGCGAGGCCGAGUCCCAAGCCAAGACCAUCGUUAAGACGGUAACCGGGACUGUCCAGCACACUGCUUCCACAGAGGGAAUGACAGAAGAGCACGUAAAGCUGAUUGUCCAAAACGCUCUGAGGCUCUACUCUCAGGAUCGAACAGGCCAGGUGGACUACGCCCUGGAGUCUGGAGGUGGCAGCAUCCUCAGUACUCGCUGCUCUGAGACGUAUGAGACGAAGACGGCCCUAAUGAGUCUGUUUGGCCUGCCCCUCUGGUACUUCUCCCAGUCUCCACGGGUUGUCAUCCAGCCUGACGUAUACCCAGGUAACUGCUGGGCGUUCAAGGGCUCUCAGGGCUACCUGGUGAUCCGGUUGUCCCUGAGGAUCCUGCCCACAUCCUUCUGCGUGGAACACAUCCCCAAGGCCCUGUCCCCGACUGGAAACAUCACCAGCGCACCACAAAACUUCACUGUUUUUGGUCUCGAUGAUGAGUACCAGGAAGAAGGGAAGCUGCUUGGGCACUACACAUAUCAGGAAGAUGGAGAGUCACUGCAAACUUUUCCUGUUAUGGAGAAGAACGAAAGGACCUUCCAGAUCAUCGAGGUGCGGGUGCUGUCUAACUGGGGUCAUCCAGAGUACACCUGCAUGUACCGCUUCAGAGUCCACGGAGAACCUCGGCCUCAGUGAACCAACCACUAACAUAAAUGCUCAUAUAUGACAUAUCACACUAUCUGUACAUAGCUCUCGCCAACUUCUUAGAGAUGGAGGGGACUUGGUGGACAUUUUUGUAUGAAGAACAUGGACGUUGUGGAUUGUAAAGGAACGUGCACAGACUGAAUAAUGAACACGUGUUUUAUAAAAUUGAAAGAAUCACAGAAACGUCUGUAUGGGGACUGUCGAUGGUGGCAGAGGAAGAAAUGGAACCACGGAAGAAUCUAAAACUCUAAGUCCCCUUUUCGUAAAAAGGUCUCUUGCACUGAAUUAGCCCCGUGGGGGCGGCAGGCUCCACUGAGCGGACAAAUCCAUCCCCCGUCUUGGCACCUUCCACUCCUACAGGGAGGUGGAUGAUUGGAAUGGGGGAUUACAGACUCAUCUCCACCAUUUCCUCACACACUGCAUUUCAGCCUGAUUUGGUUUGUGCUCCUGAAUCAUCUGUAUUUAAUUUUAAUUUCUUGUUAGUCGACUGUUUUCAGGAUCAAAGCCACUGCACAUUUGUCUGCGACGCUGUCCAGACACGUCACUCCCUUUGUUGCUGUCAAGUCUCUGCAGUGACAUUAACUGAGCUGUUUGGACUGGACUACAAUAACAGCGGAUGUAAACUGGACAAAUAAGGUUUGCUACAUUCAAGGCUUGGCCUCAUGCAUCCACAUCAUAGCCAUAACUACUUUUUCUUUUUUUAUUUUGGAUCUGAACACGCUGCCUAUGGACAAGCUCUGAAUGUUUUCUGAAGCAGAGGCUUUGCUGCAAGUCAUCCUUUAACUUUACAGCAACACUAAAUAACCACUGAACUGAGCUCCCUGUGCUAAGUGUACAAGGAGGCUCUUCACUAUGUACAUUAGACAAAAUAUGUGUAAGGUUAUGCAAGGACUCCAGGAUUCAUUCUAGCAUGUGACUCUUCCCCAAACCUUACUGUUUAACUGAUACAUGCGAGUGUGUCCUCUCUAGAGGUUUGAGUCCUGUGCCUAGAUCUCAAAUUACCAAUCAAUGUUGAAAGCUAAGUAAUAUACCCUCUCCUGUAGACAAGAGUUUGAUUUCUACCUUCCGUUUCUAUCAAGAGGAGACUCUCCUCCUCCCUCUAGCUCAGUUCUAAACGUCCUCCUCACACGGGCUCCCUCAAUUCUGAACCCCUGAAGGAAUGUAAUCUGUAUAUUUAAUUGUUGAUAGUUGGUCCUUUAUGUCUGCUUUUAUCAGUGUUGCUUUAUUAAAAAAAAUCAUCCUGUUACUAUCAUUAUAAUUAUUGUAUUACUACCAUUAUUUCUACAUUGUGUUGUUUUGCUUUUGUUUCUUUUUUGGGGGGGUUAAUGAUGUCAGAGGAUGCACUGCAACAAUUUCUUAGGAUAAUGUUUGUGGCACAGGUCUUCACAAUUUGUUUAAAAGAAAUGGGGGGUGUCUGUAGUCAUCAAUUUUUGGUUGCAACUAGGGGGGAGUCUAAAAUGUUAUGUAUAAAAUAAUGUUUUGUUCACAAUAUUAUUUAUUAACAAGUCAACUAGUGACUGCGAGAUAUGAGUUAUUGCAAUGUAUAUUUUGUCAAAAGCUGUUCAGUGCAUUUUGGAACCAUCUUGGGAUUUUUUUUUUAAAAGAUAAAUGGCUAUUUUUGUUCAGUCAUGAGAUGACUUAACUGCUUUGGAAUAUAUUCCAAUAAAGACUUUAAUUUUGAAGAAC